AUGAUGAUAAGAUCAAGAAUUUUUGCCAGAUUUCAAAGUUCUCAAAGAAAAAUUGCAAAUUUAGGGUCCAUCGUUGAAUAUUUAAGGAACGACGGAAUAAUUAACUUACUUGAUAAGAAUUUUGAACAAAAGUAUAUUGAUGAAAAUAUAAGACUAAGGAUACUAUAUCUACGGAGCAACAAUGAUUUAAUCAAUCAUUAUAACAUUUGUUCGGGACGAAGGAAAUAUAACGGUUCGAUCAAUGUAGUAAGAUUGAUAAUGAAUAACUUUUUGUUCGAUAGGAAACCUCAUUUGCAUAUCCUCUCAACCGAAACAGUUGUUGGCCAAAAGGCGCCAAGUAAGACAUAUGAGUAUGUUACCGAUAACGAUAAGAUCGUUAUCAGAUGGCAAACGUGUGUCUUGAACGACAACAAAACAAGGUACCAUCGGGAUGGACGGUAUACCAAAAAUAAUAUGCAUCAUUUACUACAGCCACAUUUGGUGGAGAAGAUAAGAACGCAAGAUGAAACAAAGUUGAAGGAUAAUGACACACGUAUGGACGAUGGUAAGAAUAUAUCUGGGAAAUUUAUAUUCGAAUUCAAUGACGACAAUUCAAAAAUUCUUGUACAUACAAUUGAAAAUAUCGAAAUUAUUAAAAAUAAAAAUUAUAGUAAGCUAUUAAGCUUUUCUUGUUGA